AUGGAGACUACCACGAGCCAACUGGCUUCUCCUGAAUGCUCCUCCGUCUCAGCUGAAGAACUCACCAGGUUCGCAAUGCUCACUCCCCUGCCUGCUUCUCCCCUGUUGUUUCUCCCCAUCAACUCAUCUUCCGUUUGUAUGUCUCCUCUUGUUCUCUCGUGCAGGCCGACCGCUGGCAGCAGCCUCACAAAUUUUCCCAUCAGCGAGUUGUACCACGUGGAGCAUUACCUCAAGGCGGUGCAGCGACAACCCGAUGGAGCCAGUCACUGCCCCGUGGACCCUCGACACCAUGCGACUCCUGGCGCGCAUGACGGCUCUGACCAGGCGAUAUUCGAAAGGGACCCCAUCCCGACCUCGCUCACGCGGCUCCCCACAGCCUUGCAGAAGAAAGCUGUGGGAAUUUUUGAGGAGAUUCUACACUACAUGGGGCUCAAGGGCGCGCUAGUCACCGACGAACGCGGGAUGGCACAGACAGUGAUUCGCAUCCUCAAGUUGGCCCUUGGGAAGCCAGAGAUGCGGGAGGAGCUGUACACGCAGCUGCAUAAGCAAACGUGGAAUAACCAUGACAGGGAGGCGUGCUUGAGGGCGUGGGAGGUGAUGCAUCUGUGCGCGUCGGUGGCGCCGCCGGGGGAGCAGCUCGGGAAGCCUAUUACCGACUACGUGCAGGAGGUCGCGAAUGAUGCAGCGGUGGACGCGGAGGUGAAGUCGCAGGCAAUUGCCACGUGGCACGCGCUCAACAAGGCGAUGAAGGUCGGGGCGAGGAAGACGGUCCCGACCGUUGAUGAGCUGCUCACGCUGAAGACGGGCCAGGCGUUGAGGACGGGCCGAGCGCUGACAGGCAGAGUGCUAAAGACGGUGGCUUUUUUCCUGGAUGACACGUUCAAGGAGGUCUGGUACGACGCGUCAACGACCGCUGCAAAGAUUCUGGAGAGUGUGGCAAGCAGUAUCCGCCUGGAGGCGUUUCAGUCGUUCGGGUUGUACGAGCACAUGAAUUACGAAACGCUCGCUAACAACAAUCUGAAAAACGCCUCCAAUGAGUACGUGGGCAUUGACGACAAGGCUUAUAUGGGGGACGUGAUGGCGGGGAUGAUGAGCUUCAGGGAGAGGAGCGAGCGGCAGGUGGAGCAGCGCCUCAUCUUCCGCAAGAGGUUCUUCCGGAGAAACGAGGAGGCAAUCAUGGAUCAAGUGUUCGUGCACCUGACCUCUGUGCAAGUGAAGCAGGAUUUUGAAGAGGGAAAUUACCCCGUGUCGAGCGAAAAUGUGGCACAGCUGGCAGCAUUACAGCUGAUUGUGGACUUCGGCUUGCUGCUCAAGUCUGAGGUCGACGUCGAUUGGCAAGCAGAGGUGGAGAAAAUAAUCCCAGACCAGUUCCGGCCCAUGAGGCAGAAGCGAGGGUGGGCUAUGGAUCUCCUCACUCACUAUAAGGCGCUGUCAAAACUGACGCCUGAAGAGGCGAAGCAACAAUUCCUGACGAUAAUCCAAGCCCUUCCCUACGGCGAGUCCUCCUUCCACCACUUGAGGUGCAUCCAAGGCCCCAUUGAAAUGCUGCCGAAGCGAGUGCUGAUCGGCAUCAACAGUCACGGAGCGCACUUCUUCCAGCCGGUUUCAAAGGAGUACCUCCAUUCAGCAGGGCUGCGCGACAUCAAGACGUUUGGCAGUGACGGCGCCGUGCUGCACCUUGAAAUGCGCGUGGUGGACUCGAUGCACGUCUUCCUGUUCGAGACUUCCCAAGGCGAGGAGAUCUGCCUUGCCAUGCAGACGCACAUCAAUGACGCAGAGGCCCGCCGCCUUGCCAGGCGAAGAAGGGGGGAGGAGUCGGACUACGAGCAUCGGACGAAGGAGGAGUUGUCGGAGAGCGCCUUCGUGCACAUUGAACAGAUCAAGACAUUGGAGCUGCGCUUCUCAAAAGAGAGGGCUGAGCUGGAAGCCAGGCUGGCGACCGCCGAGCAGCGAUGGAAGGAGAGCCGGGCGGCGGAGGCCCAGCUGAGGGAGGAGGUGAGAGUGAAGGAGGCGCAAUCGAGGCAUCUGGAGGAGUUGUUCAAGGAGUUGGAUGAGCUGAGGGAGACGAAGAAGGAGAUGGAGAGAAAUCAGGUGGAGGAUUUGGAGUUGAUACAGCGGCAGCGCAAGCAGAUAGCCGAGCUGGAGAAGGCGUAUAAGGAGGAGAUAGUGCUGCGCAAGCGGUACUAUAACAUGGAGGACAUGAAGGGGAAGAUCCACGUGUAUGCGAGGUCGCGGCCGCUGAGUGGCAGGGAGCGGGGCGAGGGGCAGCACAUGGUGCUGGAGAUGCCGGACGAGUUCACACUGCAGCACCCCAACACCCUCAAGGAAGGGGGGGCGCCCAAGUCCUACCAGUUUGACCGCAUCUUUGACCACACCGCCAGUCAAGAGGCGGUGUUUGAGGACACACGGUACCUAAUCCAGUCGGCCAUUGAUGGGUACAACGUGUGCAUAUUCUCGUACGGGCAGACGGGCAGCGGCAAGACGCACACCAUCCAUGGCACGGACGAGGACCCCAAGCUCACACCGCGUGCCAUGCAGGAGCUCUUCGACAGGCGCACCAAGGACGCAGGGAACAAGAGCUACAAGCUGAAGGUGUACAUGGUACAGCUGUAUCAGGACAAGCUGGAGGACCUCCUGCUGCCGAAGAAUGCCCCCACGCGGAAGCUGGAGCCCAAGAUGGACAGCAAGGGCAUGGUGAUGGUGAUGGUGUUGAACGCGACUCUCUUUAAGGUGCCGUGCCUGUCGCAGCUGGAAGUAGUGGUGCAGAGGGGCAUGGAGAGGCGCAUGGUGGUUGUGGAGAAUGCAACGCUCGUUGAUGUGGACUCCCUGUCGGAGCUAAAGACAGCGGUGCAGGGGGGGAUGGAGAGGCGCAAAGUGGCUCCCACAAAGAUGAACGCCGAGAGUUCAAGGUCGCACCUUGUGCUCUCCAUUAUCAUGGAGACAACCGACGUGCACACCAACGACGUGAGCCGCGGAAAGCUGUCCUUUGUGGACUUGGCGGGGUCGGAGAAUGCGAAGAAGUCGGGGUUAGAGGGAGAGCGGCUGAGGGAAGCCCAGUCAAUCAACUUGUCGCUGUCAGCACUGGGGAACGUGAUCAGUGCGCUGGCUUCAGGCCCCGGCGGGCACAUCCCGUACCGCAGCCACAAGCUCACGAUGCUCAUGAGCGACUCGCUGGGGGGCAACGCCAAGACCCUCAUGCUUGUCAACGUCUCCCCAGCCCAAGGGAACCUGUCAGAGACACACAACUCACUCACGUAUGCGACGCGGGUUCGAUCGAUCACGAACGACGCAUCCAAGAACGUGGCACACAAGGAGGAGCAGUGGUUCAAGAACAGGAUAAGGUACUGGAAGCAGAAAGCAGGGGCGAGCCCGGAGAAGGAGGAGCUGGAUGAGGUCAAGGACAAGAGGACUGUGGUUAAGAAGGUGCGGCUUGGUGGGAAGCAAGGGGGCAAGGAGUAA